AUGGCUCAUUUCCAGGCCCAUUCUCUACGGCAGACUCUCGAUAGCCUAAUGGAUGCUUCAGUCGGCUCGCUUGGUUCUGGUAACCCACCACCUACCAUGCUUGCGAAGAAGAACCGCCUUAGCCGCCUGAAGAACAAGCUCUCGGUCUUCAGUAAGCCGAAGAAGCAGCACACGUAUGUUGAAACGCGCCCAUGCUCGCCCCCUCCUCCGCUGGGACAGACCGAUGGAUGUUACGAGAACAGCCGCACCGAGCUUCUCGGAGCCCACCACGAUACCGAUUUCGAUGACAUCGGGUCCGACGAUGGUGAUUCUACCUAUCAGGACGCUGUGCCAGCUAUUGCGAACGACUGGGAGCAGUUUGCAAAGGAUAUUGCGUUCUACUGUAAUUACGAGCCUGAGGAAGCGAGCGCUUUUGUAGUUGAGCAGCUAGCGGCCGCAAUGAGCAGCAGCAUGAAGGGCGACGAUACCGACCACGAGGAACUUCUCCUCGCGUGUACUGAUGUACCGGCCGUCCCGAACAACAGUCGCGGAGAGUCAACCGUGUCCAUCGGCAUGCUCAAUGACACAAUCAGCAGCAUGAAGGGCGAUGAUACCGACCACGAUGAAAUUCUCAUCGCAUGCACUACUGUGCCGGCCGUCCCAAAUAAGAGUCGCAGAGUCGACACCUUCAGCGAUGACGAUGACGAUGCAGACUAUGAGAGCGAUAAGUGGUCUGUCAUUUCCAUGGAUACCCCUGACGUUGUCAGCAUCGACAACGACGAGGUGCUGUUGAUCAAGCGUCAGGAGGCUAAGGCAAUGUCUGUGGUCCCAGAUAUGCACACGGUCAAUGCAAAGCUGUCCGCGCAGGUCGACAAUGGUCAGGUCGGCAAUGCUCGGGUCGACAAUGCUCAGAGAGAGGAUUACGAUCAGGACAUGGAUAGUAGCGACAAGUCCGUCGUUUCUAUCGACUCCGCUGUCGCAGUCAGUGACUGCAGCGACGACAACGACGAUUACGGUAACGACACAUACAACGUGAUGCCGUCGAGCAAGCUUCGGAAGCUCGACGAGUUGUCUUGUGUUCCCGAUCUGGACCAAGUCAACGCAAAGCUAUGUGCUCAUGUUAGCGAUGCUUAUGCGGUUACCCCUGGCCGUGCCUAUAUGAAAGUUCAUCCGCGCUACGCUGCGAAGCACGACCAAGAUCCAAUCUGGAGAAUUGCCGACGGUUUUGGUGCCUUAGCUGUGCUGGCUCUCGCCUGA